AUUUUACAGUUGAUAAAACUAAAGCACAGAGGUUAAAAAACCUCAUUCGCGGCAACACUGAGAGACAGAGGGGAGAAUUUGAACUUGGAUCUGAUUCCAGAACCUGUGCUUAUCACCACUGAGCUAUCUAUCUUGAAUAAGGAGCAUGUUCCACAGGGAUUACAAGAAAGAACUUGGAUGGUUCAGAUUUGAGUCCUGGUUCUGCUACUGAUAGUUUUGUGUGACUUUGGACUGGAAAAGGGAUAAUAAUAGCAGGGCCCCUAGAAGCCUGUUUCUCAGCGCAGUUCAAGACCUCCAGCCCCAUGGAGCCCCCGAUCCCACAGAGCGUCCCCUUGACUCCCAGCUCAGUCAUGGUCCAACCCCUUCUUGACAGCCGUAUGCCCCACAGCCGGCUCCAACACCCCCUCACCAUCCUCCCCAUCGACCAGAUGAAGACCAGCCAUGUGGAGAACGACUACAUAGACAACCCUGGCCUGGCAGCUCCCGCUGGCUCUAAGCGGACCCGGGGUGGGGCCCCAGAACUGGCCCCGACACCUGCCCGCUGUGACCAGGACGUCACCCACCACUGGAUCUCCUUCAGUGGGCGCCCCAGCUCCGUGAGCAGCAGCAGCAGCACAUCCUCUGACCAGCGGCUCUUAGAUCACAUGGCACCACCUCCCGUGGCUGACCAGGCCUCGCCAAGGGCUGUGCGCAUCCAGCCCAAGGCAGUCCACUGCAAGCCGCUGGACCUCAAGGGCCCAGGAGUCCCACCAGAGCUGGACAAGCACUUCCUGCUGUGCGAGGCCUGUGGAAAGUGUAAGUGCAAGGACUGUGCGUCCCCCCGGACGUUGCCCUCCUGCUGGGUCUGCAACCAGGAAUGCCUGUGCUCAGCCCAGACCCUGGUCAACUAUAGCACCUGUAUGUGCCUGGUGCAAGGCGUCUUCUACCACUGCACCAACGAGGACGAUGAGGGCUCCUGCGCCGACCACCCCUGCUCCUGUUCCCACUCAAACUGCUGUGCCCGCUGGUCCUUCAUGAGUGCCCUCUCGCUGGUGCUGCCCUGCCUGCUCUGCUACCUGCCCGCUACAGGCUGUGUGAAGCUGGCCCAGCGCGGCUACGACCGCCUGCGCCGACCCGGAUGCCGCUGCAAGCACACGAACAGCGUCAUCUGCAAGGCCGCCACCAGUGAGGCCAAGGCCUGCAGACCCGACAAGCCUUUCUGACACUUUAGGUCGACGCCCCCGCACUCUCUCUCUCUGGAAACUUGGUUCCCUUAUGACACCUGAGAAGACCGCAGGUGUUCGUGUCCUGAGGCUGAUCUUGCCAGUGUGCCCACCCGCUACCCCAGCUUCUGAAGAAACAGAGACCCUAUCGCCAACCCUCUUCCCCAAAAGGAUGAAGAAGCACUUUGGGUUUUUUCAGGGUCCUGGAACUUUGUGUCAAACAGCGACAGGGGUGUGGUGUGGUUUGGGGGGCGGGAUUUUUUUUUCCAGAAGACGGAACACAGAUGUGGCCACAUAUCCGGAAGUUGCAGCUGCUUGAAUGCCUUCCCAGUUCCCCCUCCUCCCUCCCUUUCUGCCAUCCCCCCCCGCCCCCACCCGCCUUUUUCCAUUCUCCUUGGCUGCCUGGGAGGAACUGCUGAGUGGCCAGAAGACCUUUGAAGAAGACCCUUGGAAUUCUUGACUUGAUGUCUAUACCUUUUUCUCCUCCCUGUCCUUCCCCACAGUUUGGUAUCUUGGGGAAGGUGUAGACCCUGGCAGCCCCUGUUUUAUAUACUUGGGAGCCCCUGAGAACAGAGGAUGGCCAGUGAAUACAGGCCUCGUUUCCUUGCUCUGUCUUUGCAGCCACGGAUGGAUUUAGGAGCCACUACACAGAGAUGUCCCUUCCAGCUCUAUCACUAACUCUUGGGGGUGUUCCACUUAAAACACCGUCCUCCGGUUCUCAUUGAGUCACAGGCUCACCUGCCCACUAUGUGUUCUGAGUUCUCUCUGCCCAGAUCCUUUCCAGAAACUUUAUGGGUGGAGAAGUACAGGGCGGCAAGUGCGAGACCAAAUAUCAUUUUGCCAAUGAGUCUGAGGCUGUGGUCUCUGGAUCCAGUCAUUAUGUUUUUAUAGAAUAAUUAAACCAGAUACUAACGGUGUUUUAGAAAAUAAUAAUAAAACACUUGCUUCCUUUUGGGCCACCCCCAGGAAGGGCUGAUUUCAAAAUCUGGGGGGGCAAGCAACCUCAAGGAACACAAACCCCCUCCCCACCAAGAAGAGGAUUUUUAACAGCAAAGAAGAGAGGCAGCCACCUCCCACUGGCAGAGCGACAGUGGAGCCGAGAUGGGUGUGGGUUUCUUCUCUUCUGAAUCUGCUGCUUGCUGUCAUAGCCUUUUAUGUACAGUGAUGUGUCUGUAUCUUUAAUGUAAAUAGACAGAUGAUGAAAAAAAAGUCUAUUUUAGUGUUAGGAAGCCCUGGCGGGGGGAGUCAGAAGAAGGUGGGUAAGGAAAAGAUUCUCCAGGGACUUCUUGGGGUUGAGCCCUGCUUCUGUGCAUGGCCAUACCACCCCAUCCUGACAGCCCCCAAAGACGUAGCAACUCUUUCUCUCAAGGUGCUAAAGGACUCAGAAAGUGCAGCACGUCCAGUGGGUAGGUACUUGUUGCAUGCAAACAUUGUAGUGUGUCUGGUCCUUCUCCCCAGCUGUCAUGCGGGGCUUUUGCUUCAUGUGGUAUUUUGUGUUAACCCCGCUCCUCCCCACCACGUAAGAGGAAGUGGCCUGGGUCUGAAAAGUUACCCCAGGUGAAAUUGGAAGUUCAUGAGGUAGAGCGUUUGUAGCAUUUCCGGUGUGUUCUGUGGGAACAUAAUUGCCUCCAGGAAGGAGGCAAAGAGGCAGGUAGCUACAAUUGGCAUGCACCUAAUGCUUCUCAAGGACUUUCUUUUCCCCCUUCUCUAAGAUGAGUAGUAACAACUUAUGAUUUAGAAUAAGUUAAUUGUAACCAUAGGUAUUUAUUGAUUGGAGGAAGGAGGGGAGGGUCUUAUUAUUUUAGGCUUUAUUUAUAUAACGUUUUGCUAGCUUGUAAAAGGCAGACAUGAAAUAUUGCAUCUGUGUUUUCUAAGGCUGAUUCAUGUAGCUACCCGUGCCACAGUCGUGACGGAUGUAUGGAUGUUCUUGCACAAAUGGAAAGAAUGGUAGAAAAAAACACAUUCAGCCAACCACUCAUACUAAUUGAAUGUAUCAGAUGUGUGCUGAAGGGACUGGAGAUGUCUUCCUCAGAGUAGGUGUGCAGAGGCUAACCCCCAAACAAGAGGGCACGUAUCUGCCCUUAGCCGGGCCUCUGGGACCUUUCCCAGAGCCCCUCCCUCAGAUGUCUCCAUGGGAAACUUGACCCAGUGGCAAGUUGCACUUUGGCGAUGGUGUUCUACACACCCGUGCUGUGGAGAAUUGAUUUACAUAAGCUGUGUAGACAUGCACACAUACACCUACCCCACAGACCCUCUAUCAACACAGACCCUAUUUCUGGCAAACGGUCUCCUGAAACCUGACUUUUUGUGUACAUAGUUGUAAACACGGAUUUUUCUGGGUUUUGGUUUCCUUUUUCCCUUUAUUUUUUUUCUCCCCUGUUUCGGCUUGUCUCUUUUAGUUUGCAUUUAACCUGCUAGGUGGAUGUCUGCAGAACUCUUCGUGUCCCACGUGCUCGGUGGUGAAGGGAAGGAGUGGAGCAGGUGGGGCCCUCCCCGCUCUGUCGCAUAGCAGUCCUUCGGCAUGUUUUUCUCGGCUUCUGGGCAAAGGAAAAAAAAACUGGCUUGCCCGCGGACCCUGGGGGCCAGUCAAGGGCCACUGAGGGACCAAGUUCUCAGAAACACGACACAUUUCUGUGGCUACUUCUGGCUGAUCGUAUUUCCUGUCACCAACAGCUUGCUUGGCUGAAUUAGGCCUCGUCUUGACCUUUUUUGAAAAGUGCCAGCUGGUUCCUACUUCUAUGCGACCUGGAGUGAGUGGUGGUUCUGCCUGGAACCUGGGGUGGGGCCCACAAGCCUGGGUCCAGGACACAUGUCCGAGGGGACCUUGGUUGCUACACACUGGGAGGCGGAUUUGUGAAGGCCCAACACCCCACAACGUACCCCGGGAACUGGGUCUAGGGUAGCAGAGCCCUCCCAGUUAGACAACGGGGCACAACCCAGGUUUCUCAAAAGUGUCCCUGGCUAGGAGAUAGGGACCAGGCCCUGCUGUUGAUAAGGGCCCUUCACAGCUGACAGAUGGAAGACCUUCAAGUGACAUGUCUGGUUCUUUCAGUGUUCUGGAGUCUGUGUGGGUCCCCACUGUACAUCGAGUGAGACCCAGUUAGAUAAUGACUUGUCCAAGGUUGCACAACAUGGAAAAAACGUUGGGUCGGACCAGCACCCGGAAUCUGUCACCUCGAAGCUUCAUGUUCACCCCAUGCUGCCCCAGAGAUGUCUGACGGGCUGUGGGCAGCAUGACUUUGCACUGUACAAUUCAGUUCACUAGGGCAUCCCACAAGCUUCACCGGCCUUCUGGUCCAUGCCUUCGGUCAGCAUUUUCACGCCCUCUGCUUACUGUGACAGUUGAUGACAAUUCUUGCGCUGCCAUUUUUCACUGUGGGUAACUGUGUGGUGUCUUAUCUGGCUUUCUCUUCUCACUGCCCCACAGUCUGGUUUCGUGUUACAAACAGAAAAGCUGUUCAAGGUUCCCAUCCCAUCACAUCUCUUCAUUUUCCCUCUUCACUGUAGUCCCUUCUCACCCCACAACAAAAGUUACCACAGAAGGUUCCCUUUGUAUAGAAUAUUUAUUUUGAAGCUCUAUUUUAAUAGUAUUUAUUUUAGAAAGUCUACUAUUGUAAGAGUUCUUCUGUUUGUGAAGAAAAAAACAGGUUAAAACUGAAUGUACUGAUCUAGAAUAUAUAUAUAAAUAUAUAUUGUUAAAUA